AUGAAAGUCCUCUGUGUUGCUGAAAAGAAUUCAAUUGCACUGAGCGUGGCUCGAAUACUUGGUGGUGGUAAUGUGAAAACUAGAAGCUCAACUUACAAAUAUGUUAAAAACUACGAUUUUACCUUUGAUUUCAAGGAUGGCAAUGGAAGAUCCAAUGUUACCAUGACUGCAGUGAGUGGCCAUCUUUAUUCUCAUGAUUUUCCAUCUCAAUAUAAAUCGUGGGACACAAUAACUGCUUCCAAGUUAUUUGAAGCCCAGAUAUAUGAAAAAGCUACUUCAGAUAGUGCAAAGAUCAUCCAGAAUAUUAUCAAAGAGGCAGCUAGUAGUCUGAAACUAAUGAUAUGGACUGAUUGUGAUAGGGAAGGCGAAUAUAUUGGUUAUGAAAUAGUUCAGAGUGUUCAAAGAAAAUAUCCUUCAUUCAGUAUUGAAAACACUUUGAGAGCACAAUUUUCUCAUUUAGAAAAAUCUCAUAUUGUAAGAGCAGCUUUGAAUCCAACAAAACUAGACAAAAAUGCAGUUGCUGCCGUUGGAACCAGAAUGGAGUUGGACCUAAGAACAGGCGCCAUAUUCACUAGAUUUUUAACAACAUCGUAUCAAAGGAAUUUUACCGAUUUGAAAGCCGAAAAAAGAAUCAUAUCUUAUGGGUCUUGCCAAUUCCCAACUUUGGGUUUUGUGGUUGAUAGAUAUAAAAGAGUUCGAUCUUUUAUUAAAGAACCAUUCUGGUAUUUGGAUUUGAUAAUUAAAAAGGGCAGAAUCCAGUAUGGUUUCAAGUGGUCAAGAGGACAUAUUUUUGAUAGAGUUUAUGUUACUGCAUUACUCGAAAAUUGUUUAGCAUUUUCUGACAAAGCAAUAGUCAGCAGUAUAGUUAAAAAACCCAAGAUAAAUUAUAAGCCAUUUCCAUUAACAACUGUUGAAUUACAGAAAAAAUGCUCAAAUUUUUUCAAAUUCAGCGCAAAGGACACUCUAUCUGCUGCAGAGUCUUUGUAUACUAAGGGGUUUAUAUCCUAUCCAAGAACUGAGACUGAUUCUUUUCCCAAAAAAAUGGAUUUAAAGGAGUUUAUUGAAAAGCAAACUCAAGAUGCUAAAUGGGGUAGUUAUGCAAAAUCUUUGUUGGAAGAUCAUAAAUUUUGUCAGCCCAGAAAUGGAAAAAACAAUGAUGAGGCACAUCCGCCAAUUCACCCAGUAAACUAUCUUAGUCUGUCUGCAAAUUUGAAUGCAAAAGAGAAAACAAUAUAUGAGUAUGUUGUUAGGCAUUUCUUAGCGUGUUGCUCUGAUGAUGGUAAAGGUGAUUCGACUACAAUAACGUUAAAAUGGGGGACAGAGACCUUUACUGCAAACUCAAUUGUGGUGAGGGAACUAAAUUAUUUAGAAGUUUAUAACUAUUCCAAAUGGGUAUCAACUACUAAGAUGUUACCUGAGCUUGAAUUGAAUGAGGAAGUUCCAAUAUUUAAAUGCGAUAUUAAAGAUGGAUUUACAGCACCACCUUCAUACUUGACAGAAACUGAAUUGAUUUCUUUAAUGGAUGCUAAUGGUAUUGGGACAGAUGCAACCAUUGCAGAACAUAUUGAAAAAAUUAAAACACGAGAAUAUAUUAGUGAAAAGAAAGUGGGCACAAUUAAACGCUUAGUUCCAAGCGAAUUGGGAAUGGGAUUGGUCCAGGGAUUUGAGAGCAUUGAUUUUAAUAACAAUAUUAGUUUAUCAAAACCUUUUCUAAGGAAAAAUUUAGAGAUUGAAUUGAAAAAUAUCUGUUCUGGUACUAAGACAAAAGAACAAGUAUUGCGUGAAAUGAUACAGUUAUAUAAAGAAGCGUUCCAAUUGACUACACAAAAUUGCGAUACAUUAAUCAAGGUAUAUAAAGACAUUCAAUCCGAAAAUAAAUAG